GCUUCAAUGGAUGGGUUCGACCAUUCUACUGCUCCACCAGAAUAUAACGAGCUAAAAUGGCUCGCCGAUAUUUUCGUCAUCGGAAUGGCUGUUGGCUGGGUUGCUCACUAUGUGGAGAUGAUUCACAUAUCGUUCAAGGACCAAACAUACUGCAUGACCAUCGGGGGCCUUUGCAUCAAUUUUGCCUGGGAAAUCAUAUUCUGCACAAUGUAUCCUGCCAAAGGGUUUGUCGAGCGGGUUGCCUUUCUCAUGGGCAUUUCUCUCGAUCUUGGGGUUAUUUACGCGGGAAUCAAGAAUGCCCCAAAUGAGUGGCACCACUCUGCAAUGGUGAGGGACCAUAUGCCCCUCGUCUUCGCAGCGACGACAAUUUGUUGUCUGAGCGGUCACAUGGCUCUUACUUCCCAGGUUGGUCCCGCACAAGCCUAUACGUGGGGGGCAAUUGCAUGCCAGCUCUUUAUCAGCAUAGGGAAUGUGUUUCAAUUGUUGAGUCGGGGAAACACACGAGGGGCGUCAUGGACGCUAUGGUUUUUUGGAUCAACAUCAGCCAUUGGCUUUGCUCUUGUUCGAUAUAUUCGCUGGUGGGAGGCUUUUUCUUGGUUGAACUGCCCGCUUGUGUUAUGGUCCGUGGUCAUGUUCUUUCUGUUUGAAAUUCUGUAUGGAGCGUUAUUCUAUUCUGUCAAGCGACAAGAAGAAAGAUCCCAGUGUGGAAUCAAGCACAAGGAGAGGUAG